GACUCGAGGAAGAGACUGGACCAUAGAGAUAAAAAUGUUAGACUGAAGGCAUCGCUAGACUAAAAGCCUCAAUAUCCUUAACAAACGAUUUCGGUCUGAGUUCAAAAUGAAACUAAGAAGUUUUCACAUUUCAGAGCUCAAUUUAACAAUACAGGUAGUCCUCGACUUACAACAGUUCAUUUAGUAACCGUUCAAAAUUACAACAGCACUGAAAAAAGUGGCUGGCUUCCAGAUUCCAUCCAAGGCAGGUCACCUCUAUUGCACAUUGGAGAGAGAGCAGAGUAUAUACAGGAAUUGCCAAUUAUGAGCUGAGGCUAGACCAGCUGCACCCUGCUGCUCCUGGCUGUUUCUGGCAAUUUUCCCAACUGAAGGAUGCUAGCACAAAGAUGGUUAGGAAAACUGUUACUAGGGAGGUUGCUACUUGCAUCUGCCUGGGCAACCACCAUUGCUUAUCCUGAGCUUUGCCAACCAGAUGCACAGAAUGCUUUCAAAGUACGGCUUAGUAUCAAAACAGCUCUAAAAGAAAAUGCAUAUAGCUGGGAUGCUACUGAAGAAUAUCUAUUUAAAGCAAUGUUAGCUUAUGCAAUGAGAAGAUAUUUGAUUCAACAAACAACUCAAAUUUCUAAUGUAUUGCUGUGCAAUGUUACCAGUCGGGUAUCAUUUUGGUUUGUAGUCACAAAUUCGUUCACAAAUAUAACAACUAUUCCCAGGAAUGAUGUGGAAGCCGCCAUAAGAAUGAGUAGAAACCGGAUCAACAAUGCCUUUUUAUUGACUGAUGACACUCUGCAGUUCUUGGAAAUCUCAUCAACUUUAGCUCCACCAGCCGAGCAACCUCUGCCCACUUGGCUGAUUGUAUUUGGGGUUAUUCUUGGCAUCAUUGUGAUUGGAAUUGUUUUAGUCGUAUCUUUUGGGAUUUACCACCGCAAGAGACAUAAAAAUGCUGAAAAAGCAGAAGAUUUAGAUGAUAAAUACGAAGCAGCCGUAACAAUGGAAAAUAGAAUUCCCUGUCAUACUUUAGAUUUAAAAGCUGGACAGAUUAAUGGAGUCUAUGCAGCAGCAGAUGAUGAUCGGUUUACACCCUUAUGAACAUAAAUGGAUGCUGUUUCUCUGUCUCUUUCUGAAACUCUGACCUCCUUUUAUCUGGUUCUUACUGCUGAUUAUCAAUAACAAGAAAAUUAUGUACUUUGGUUUUUUUUUUUUGCCCUUGGGUGCAUUUCUUUUGAUAAGCACGCUUAUAUAGUGAUAAGAGUUCCUCAAUCAAGGCAAUGUUCUUCAUGAAAAUUUGUAAAUGUUUAAUAAAACUUCCACUGUUAAAUGUUCUUUGGAUGUAUCAGUGAUGAAAAGCCAUAGAUGCUUCCUUAUUACAAUUUAGUCAUAUCUUCACUUUUUCUAUUAUUUUAUAGCAGGAAACAUGUGAGCUGCUUUCUUCUAACAUACAAGCCAACUUUUGCUACCAUAGGAUUCUAUUCACUUCAAUGGGCACCAAUGCAACAAUAAAAUAUAAUUAUUAAAAACUAA